UUGCACAGGUCUGUAGCUGCCCACGCUGAAUAUCCUAGCUCAUACACGGACUUGCAAACUCGUGGUUCAGCAUACAGGCCAGUAUCCACAUCUCUUGCUGAAGCUACAAGGUCACACACGAAUACACAUGUGCUCGAUGCUUUGCACAGGUCGGAAGCUGCCAGCUCAUUCACAGAAUUGCAAACUCGUGGCUCAUCGAAUAUACCAGUAUCUGCAUCCCUUGCUGGAGUUACAAGGCCACACACGGAACCACACGUACUUGAUGCUUUAUGCAGGCCUCCUCCGCCCCAUGCUGAAGUUGCCAGCUUCACAGAGUUGCAACCUCUUGAUUCAUCGUACAGACCAGUAUCCACAUGUGUGACUGGAACUACAAGGUUGCACGCAGACCCACAAGUGCUCGCCUUCAUGGAAAGGAUAUUACAAAUACUGAAUGGUAUUAAGCAGACCCAGCAGGCCCAUUCACAAUAUCUUAAUGAGCUGCUCAGCAAUGCAGACAGUGCUCCGUCGCACCCUUGUCACCUCCCAGAGUUGCCUUUUUCGGAUGUGGCAGACGUGCUCGACUAUGAGAAAAAACUACAGACAGACAAAAAAGCUCAACAUCAGAUGAAGAAGCACAUGGCUGUCCAAGGAGGGGACUCAACAAAACAGAAAACAACACGCAUACUACAGUCCCUCCUGAGCUGGAAUGCUGCAAUCAGCUUCAGCUGGUUUGGUGCGAAGGGGAAAAAAAAAUUCUCCGAGCUGCAUCUGUGCAAGCUUAUGUGUGGCACAUUGACUAAUGACGCAAGACACCCAGAUGCCACGCUAAAGGAUGUCGAGAGGGCCGCCAUGACGUGGUUCCGCCAUGCUGCCGAGCGGCUUGCUGCGCAACAAACAUAAUUGUUUUCAACGUCAAGUAUGAUCCUGCUAAAAGUCAGUUUCUGGUUGCAGAUUUUCUGCAUUGCUUGUAUGAACAUUUGUUUUCUUUUUUCACCAGUGUUUCGUUCCUUCUUUUCUUAUUAGU